AUGAACGUCGACGUCACCAUCAGCUCACACAUGGGCAAGCUCGCUGCUGGCCCUGACCGAAAAUCUCCGACAAGAUUUGCCGUAGUGAUGGCGGUGACUUCGACAAGCAAGUCCGCACGGCGGGACGAGUUUGUGCACCGGCUGCCCAAGAUUGAGCUCCACGCGCAUCUCAACGGCUCGAUCCGGCGGAGCACGCUCUGCGAGCUCGCGGCUGCCAGGGGCAUCGAUGCGGCCGCGGCCAUGCUGGACUCGCCCACGCCCCAGACGCUCAGCGAGGCGUUUGAUGUGUUUCGCGUGAUCCAUGCGUGCGUCACGACGCUGCAAGAUAUCGAGCGACUGGCGGUCGAACUCGCCUAUGAUCUCGACGACGACGGCGUGGUGUAUGCGGAGAUCCGCACUACUCCGCGCGCUCUGCCUGCCUCAUUGGCCGCACAAGAUGCCGGUACCCUGGAUGAGUAUGUCGAGGCUGUACUCCGAGGCUUUGAGCGAUACACAUGCGAGCAGAUGGGCGACAAAGUUGGUCUGCGUCUGAUUCUUUCGAUCGACCGUGCGAAGCACACGGCCUCGGACGCACAGGCGAUCGUCGACCUUGCGCUGCGCUUUCAGACCCGCGGCGUCGUCGGCAUGGACCUCUCCGGUGACCCGACCAAAGGCGAAUGGGCGAACUUUGAGCCUGCGCUGCAGCGGGCUCGCUUGCACGGGCUCAAGAUCACACUGCAUGCCGGUGAGGUGCGCGGGCGCGACGACGAGAUGGCCGCCAUGCUCGCUUUCCACCCGGACCGAUUUGGCCACUGCUGCUUUGUCAGCGCGUCCAACCUUGCACUGCUCAAGCAGUCCGGUGUGCCUAUCGAGUUGUGUCUGACGAGUAACUUGCUGUCCAACUCGACGCCGAGUCUGGAACGUCACCAUUUCCGCGACCACUACACACACGUCGAUUCGCAUGCAGAGCAAGAGGAGUGCACCGUGUGUUGCAUCUCGACCGACGAUAGCGGCGUGUUCAACAGUCCGCUGUCGAACGAGUUCCGCCUUGUGAUGCAGACGUUUGCGCUCGACCAACAGCAGGCUUUUCAUUUGGCCCGCCGCACUCUGCAAGCGACCUUCCUCACACGACCUCGGCUCGACUUUCCGAGCGAAGCGACGAACCAGCUCAUGCGCGAGGACGACCAGCUUCGCCGCAACAUCCUUGCGCGCUUCGCCGCAUUCCACCAGACAUGGCGGUGGAACUAA